AAGUUAGUUAUGCUCACACCACACACACACACACACUACACAAGACAUGACAAAAAUCUAGGAUUAUAAUCCAUGUAAAAGAAAAAUAGAAAAUAUUAGGACAAUGACUGGAGCUGGUUCUUCAUGCGGAGCGUGUAAGUUCUUGAGAAGAAGGUGCAUCCUCGACUGCACGUUUGCGCCUCAUUUCAGCUACGAGCAAGCUGCAGCCCACUUUGCAGCCGUUCACAGGGUCUUUGGCGCGAGAAACGUCUCAAAGAUGCUGCUGCGCCUGCCCCUGCACAGCAGAGGCGACGCUGCUGCCAUGAUCUGCUACGAGGCCCUUGCACGUGUGCAGGACCCCGUCUAUGGCUGUGUUGCUCAUGUCUUCGCCCUCCAACACCAGGUGGCCAUGCUCAAGGAGGAGAUAGAGGCGAUUGAAACGCAAAUGGCUGAUCUUGUAGUUGAUACGUCGACUAGUAGCCUUCAUUCCUUUGCUCCAUCUUCAGUUGGGUGCAGCGAUCAGCAUAGUUCGUGCAUGCCGCUUUCAGCAGAUGCAUCUGUAAACCGAGCUUGCUGCAGCAGCCACAUUGAAAUCGAACACGGGCUCUGCUUGCAGAAGACGCUGCAAGAGCUACAAGAAUAUUGCUAUUUGCAGCCAUCGUGAAUAAGAAAUGCAGCAGACAAACGCAAGAUUUCUUGAUAUUAAUGGCCAGUGAAUGCUAUCUGAUUUUUCUAUCCCAGUUUUUACACCAUUAAUAAUGAUGCAAUUUCUGUUUCUA